GACCACAAAACGUGAAACCGAGGCACACUAUGGUAAAGUUAACGACGUUUAUAAUGAAAGAGAAAUGUACACUAUCGAUGAUAGGUACCAACCUUAUAAUAGAGAAGAUAGAGAGCAUACUCAACCUAACUCAGAAUCGCAAUGGGAAGGGCGAUAUUUUACGGAAGAAAUGUUGAGUGAAAAAGAAGAUUCGGAAUUGUACAUUAACCCCUGGCAAGAUGCUCAAAGCCCUGCUGCGUAUUUGUCUCAUAUAGAAGAAUUACCCACUGUGUCGUUAGAUGAAGAGGAAUUUAUCGAAAAAAAAAUUGAAAAAAUGGAAGUUAGUGAGGAGUUGGAUGAUGAGCAACAAAAAGAGGCAAAAGAUUUAAUAAAGAAGGAAAAAGGAAUCUUUGCCCGAAAUGUUGAAGAACUUGGACGUACUGAAAGAACUAACCACGUGAUCGACACGGAUGACGCUGCACCCAUAAAACAAAACGCAAAUACAGCAUUGGAAAAUAUUCAGCAAACUCAAGAACGACAAAAACAUUACCAUGAUACUCAUCAUAAAUUAGCCACCGGAUUCAAAAUUGGAAAAAAAGU